CCAUGAUUGUCGUCUGGUGAAGCAGAUCCUGUGUCAUUGCUGGGGCGAAGGCCACGCGUUCCAGGCUUGGAAGAGAAGGAACCUCGCUGAAAUCUGACGCCCAGCCCUCUCGGCCAGGAAACUGCAAGGCUGGCCCACCAAGACCAUCACUAUGACCGAUGGAGACUAUGACUAUUUGAUCAAACUCCUGGCCCUUGGAGAUUCAGGGGUGGGGAAGACGACAUUUCUUUAUAGAUACACGGACAAUAAAUUCAACCCCAAAUUUAUCACUACAGUAGGAAUAGACUUUCGGGAAAAACGUGUGGUUUAUAAUACACAAGGACCAAAUGAAUCUUCAGGGAAAGCAUUUAAGGUGCAUCUUCAGCUUUGGGACACUGCAGGACAAGAGCGGUUCCGAAGCCUCACUACUGCGUUUUUCCGAGAUGCCAUGGGCUUCUUAUUAAUGUUUGACCUCACCAGUCAACAGAGCUUCUUAAAUGUCAGAAACUGGAUGAGCCAACUGCAAGCAAAUGCUUAUUGUGAAAAUCCAGAUAUAGUAUUAAUUGGCAACAAGGCAGACCUGCCAGACCAGAGGGAAGUCAAUGAACGGCAAGCCCGGGACCUGGCUGACAAAUACGGCAUACCAUAUUUUGAAACAAGUGCAGCAACUGGACAGAAUGUGGAGAAAGCAGUAGAAACUCUUCUGGACUUAAUAAUGAAGCGAAUGGAACAGUGCGUGGAAAAGACCCAAGUCCCUGACACUGUAAAUGGUGGAAAUUCUGGAAAACUUGAUGGGGAAAAGCCAGCAGAGAAGAAAUGUGCCUGCUAGACUCUAUGUAGGAACUGAUAAUCAAGAACCCCACCCAAAUAUUACUUCCAAAAACAAUGACAAACCACAAAAUCCUUAUUGUGUAGGCCAUGCACAAUGGCGUGUCUUUCUUUUUCUGCCAAAAAAUAAUCUAUUUUAAGAAACCAGAAUAGUUAUCAGUUAAAAGAAUCGACCAAUUAUUCCUGAGGGCCUUUUAAGCAAGAUCAAAGAUUUCCUAAUAUGAUCUCACCAUCAUGGAUUUGUUUUUCUUAUAAAGAAGAUGAGUAUUUAAGGUGUAUAUAAGAUAGUGUGUAAGAAAGUGUAUCAGUAAGUUUAAAAUCAGAACACGUAUUACCUUGUCACUUUGGAGAAGGGGAUAGGCUACUAAAGGGAGAACACAGAUCUUUUUUUAGAAAGAUUGGAUGUACUUAUUUUAUGGAAUUUGAUUCAUACUUUUAAAUUUUAAAUACUGGGGAAAAGAUACUACCCAGAACCAGACACGUAAUAAAGAAUUCUAUGUGGUUUGUUAAGAUUGACAUAGCUAUGUAUACCCAGUAAUCUGUGCUAAAGUGACUAAAUUACUGAUAAGGUCAUGAAUGGAUGAAUGUCAGACUUCUGCUCAAAGGUAAGAGAUCAUGGGAUAAUGCCAUUUUUCAUGUUCUUAAUAAAUUACAGAUAGACAAGAACAGGACUGUGAGUGACAAAGAACAGGAAGCAUGUCCUGGAGGGAAUGAAAGCAUGGCAACAUGGCAGUUGCACAGAUAAAAUUAAAUGUAUCUGUCACAGAUGUCUAGAAGAGUUACUUAACCAAAUUUCACUCAAAACCAAUUAGAAGUUGACAUUAUCAGUUGGGAUUAAAAGACCCUCCAGAGGGUUUCAUUUCAAACAAAAUUUUAAAAUCGUUCUGUAUUCAGUUUCACAUUUUAUUUUUCUUAGCAGAUGCUGAUAUAUAGUCACAAGAAAAAAUAAUGUUGCUGUUUAUUAAAUAUCUCUUUAAAAAAUGCCAUCAUGACAAAUGAUUUAACUUUAACUUUUUUUUAUGAUAAAAUGAGCUGGUGAUAUGAAACCGAAAGUGACUAUUAAUUGCUAGUUUCUUUUUGAUUUACAACAGCACCGGCACCCCUAAAUCACAUUUCUUCUUUCCAGCUCACACUCACCUCUGGCUUUGAUUCAGUCAUGGAAAUGCUGGUGUGUCACUUGUGAAUCAGCCACUUCAGAAUCGUAAUGGAUCAAUUCUAUGUUCACUCUGAAUUUUUAUGUCAUUAGUCACAUGAAAGUUGAUACCAUGAUCUAAUUACAAUAUAGUCAGCAUUUGUUUUUAUCCUGCUUAAGGUAAAACAUCUAGAGUUGAGCUGUAUUUGAGCAUGGACCAGGGAUGGAGCAGUACUUAAUCUCAGCAAAUAUUUGGUUGAUCAUUGAUUACACAUUAAACUGUCUUUUUUUCCCCUUAAAAAUGGUCACAAAAAUAUUUUCCAUUGCCCUGUGCUUAUUAUUGUGUCUAACUAACAUUCCAUUCAUUUUUUUAUCUGUUUCUGAUACAAGCCACUUCUAUCCAAAUGUUUAUAUAAUGCAGUCAAUUUUAUCAAUAAUGAAGGCAAUUUACUUCCUAUUUUCUCUUUUUAUUAUGAGUAUUUGACUUUUAGACUAGAUGGCUCCUCUUCCUAAAACACUUUACCAAUCACAUCUAAUUUUUCCAGACACUAUGCAUAUUUAUUUUGUAAGUUACAAACAUUGGAAGCUCUAAACUCCCAGCUCCCCCUUCAACCUCUCCCUACGAUCCUCCAUCUGGUAUUGAAUUGGUUUCAGAAACACAGACAGAUCCAAAGGAAUGUCUAUUUAUCAUGUUCUUAGAAUGGACUAGACCCAGAAAUGUGCCAUGAAUCAAAAUAGUUUGAAAGCUUUUAUGGGAUUGGCCCUUCAUGAAAUUCUCCAAUUAUCUGUCCAGCUCAUUCAAUGUCUGCUGCACCAUGACAGCUUCUAAGAUGGAGCUUGGUUGGGUAUCCCCUGUCCCCCGUGUGUUUUCUCUGUGACACUCUUCAUCUCAGUACCUGUGCCAUGAGAGGAGAAAGCAUUAGCUAACAUUGAAGAUGUUUUUUCUGAAAGGAAAUGUAGCAGAAAUAAUGUAAUCAUUGCUGUGCCAAAAUCGGUUUGCUCUGUGGUCGGUCUAUCAAUUUCUUUGAAUUUAAAUUGUGAUGUCCCCUGCGUUCCCAUAAUAGGGAAUGUUUAGUUCUUAUAAACCCCUGAAAGUAUUAUUCUAUUUUGAUAUGUCUUUGUGUUUCUAUUAUUUAUUUUCCAGAUAUAUGAUUGACUUGCUUAUGCCAAGAUUCUGUCAUCAUCAGUUAUUUUUUUCCAGAUCUAUUUUAAAAUCGUUAUUGAAUAACUGUAGCAUGAAGCAGAGUGGGAUGAUACCCAUAAUUAUAGAACUAAGUCCAUAAAAAUAAUAAUUAUUGAGUAAUAAUCUCAAGAAUAAUGAAAUGUUAAGCUGACAAGGAAAUUAAUUAAAAAUUGUAUUCUACUUAUAAAUAAAUAAUUAAUCUAAAAAAGUUUUCUCUGUAAAAGUGUAUCAGGCUCCAAAUUUUGUGUAGCCAUUAUUAAAAUAUUCCUUCUCUAAUUA